AGCGCUGGAAGUUAAAUUGUGCUGCAUAUAAAAAAUGGGCGGAUUGGUCUCUAGAUGAGAGCUUGGUACCACCUUCCUUUCUAAAAUAAAAUCUCUCUGGCAUGAAGUCACAGCCUAUUUCACAUCCGGUUUACCCUGGGACGUAUUACUACUGUCUUGGUAAAGAGAAAGCUUUUGUUGUAUAGCGACGGUCGGAAUAUCGGAAUAGAAAUUCGGGCUCCCAGCCCGGAGGAGCGGAGCGGCGGCGGCGGGCGAUGGCCGAGGCGGAGUGAGCGGCGGGGCCGGAGCCGCGCAGCCUCCGCGCCGCGGGCGGGAGCGCAGCGGCGGCACAGCCGGGCAGCGGCGCCGCGGACCCGCGCCCGAGGGGCUCCGUUUCAGAGCCCACCAUGAAGAGACUCCUCGUUCUUUGCGACUGCCUCUGGGCCUGGAGCCUGCUGCUGAAUGCACUGACUGAAAGAAGCUAUGGACAAACCUCAUCGCAAGAUGAACUUAAAGACAACACCACAGUAUUUACCAGGAUAUUGGAUCGCCUGCUGGACGGUUAUGAUAACCGCCUGAGACCAGGACUGGGAGAGCGUGUAACUGAAGUGAAGACUGACAUCUUCGUCACCAGCUUUGGGCCUGUUUCAGACCAUGAUAUGGAAUACACUAUAGAUGUAUUUUUCCGCCAAAGCUGGAAAGAUGAGAGAUUAAAAUUCAAAGGACCUAUGACUGUUCUCCGGUUAAACAAUUUAAUGGCCAGCAAAAUUUGGACACCUGAUACCUUUUUCCACAAUGGAAAGAAGUCAGUGGCUCAUAAUAUGACGAUGCCAAAUAAAUUACUGCGAAUUACAGAGGAUGGGACACUGCUGUACACAAUGAGAUUGACUGUGAGAGCAGAAUGUCCAAUGCAUUUAGAAGACUUUCCUAUGGAUGUGCAUGCUUGCCCCUUGAAAUUUGGAAGCUAUGCUUAUACCAGAGCAGAGGUUGUGUAUGAAUGGACACGAGAACCAGCAAGGUCAGUGGUGGUGGCUGAAGAUGGCUCUCGACUGAACCAAUAUGAUCUGCUUGGACAAACUGUGGACUCUGGAAUCGUUCAGUCCAGCACAGGGGAAUAUGUUGUUAUGACUACACAUUUUCACUUGAAGAGAAAGAUUGGUUACUUUGUCAUUCAGACUUAUCUGCCAUGCAUCAUGACAGUGAUACUGUCACAGGUGUCCUUCUGGCUCAACAGAGAAUCUGUUCCAGCAAGAACUGUAUUUGGAGUGACAACUGUCCUAACAAUGACCACGCUGAGUAUCAGUGCGAGGAAUUCACUCCCUAAGGUGGCUUAUGCCACUGCCAUGGAUUGGUUUAUAGCUGUGUGCUAUGCCUUUGUGUUUUCUGCACUCAUCGAAUUUGCAACAGUGAAUUACUUCACAAAGAGAGGUUAUGCAUGGGAUGGCAAAAGUGUUGUUCCUGAAAAGCCAAAGAAGGUGAAGGAUCCUCUCAUUAAGAAAAAUAACACGUACACAGCUGCAGCUACAAGCUACACCCCUAAUAUUGCAAGGGACCCUGGGCUGGCAACCAUUGCUAAAAGUGCAACGAUAGAGCCCAAAGAAGUUAAGCCAGAAACAAAGCCUGCAGAACCCAAGAAAACUUUUAACAGCGUCAGCAAAAUUGAUCGACUAUCAAGAAUAGCUUUCCCACUGCUUUUUGGAAUCUUUAAUUUAGUCUAUUGGGCUACCUAUUUAAACCGGGAGCCUCAGUUAAAAGCCCCGACUCCACAUCAAUAACCUCAUUUAUUCAUCUAGCUCUGUUUUGUCUUUUGCUCUGGGAAUUGCUUCCAGUUUUCACAUACAGUAAUUCCCAUUUGGAAUAUCAUAAAGGUUUCUUCAUUUAACCAGAAGUAAAAUAUAUCUGUAUAUUUAAGAACCCUAUAUACAAGGGAGAAAACAAUAUAAGCUAUGUAACUUUGGGAAACUGAUUCUUAAAAAGGGAAAGAAAGUUCUAGUAAUGGGAAAAAAAAAAAAAAAAAAAAAAAAAGGAAAGCAUUUGUAGAUAGCUUAAUACUGAAUGUCCCCAAGAUAUAUUGUAUAUGUACAUGAAAAAGAUAUUUUUAUUCAAUGGAUUGUGAGAAGCAGGAAAAUAUUCUUUUUGAUGUCCAUGUUGCACAUACUACACUGCACCACUUUUUCAGUCACUGUUUAUAAUCUUUUCAAGGAUUUAAAGCUUUCCAUUUGCUGGAUCCCAUAAGUUAUUUUCCUAUUCCUUUUUCCCUUCUAUAUUCCAAAUGACCUAACUUAAAAUAUUAAAUGAUUGUUAAAGAAAAAUUACUCACUGUAGAUACAGUUCAUCACUGUAUAGCACAUAAGAUCUAAUGGUGAAAAAUGCUUUAAUCUGCUCUCUUACUGCAAUCUUGUUCUAAGCAUUAAGUUGUUACUAGACUAGAUUUUAAACCAGUUGCACAAUCAAGUGCAGAUCCCAAGUCCCUCUUUCUCCUGUGUAAUCCAAACAAAUCCCAGAUGCUUUUACAGAUAGCUUUUACUCAUCACUGUUAUAGAGUUUAAAAAAAAAACAAAACCAAAACACAAAUUUUGCAAGCUCUAGAUAUGUUGAAUGUAUUCUUUUAUAAAAUGAUACAUUAAAAAAAGCUUUAGGAUGAAAUUUAUGGAUAGCAGAAAGACAAAAUAUAGUAUUUAAAUAAUAUAUGUAAAUAUGCAGCAUGAGAUUGUACAUUUUUCUUAUUUUCUUUUUCUUUUUUUUUUAAAAAAACUUUUUAAAAGUUUUGUUCUUAAAACAUUGCUUAGACGUCACCUCUUAGCUCUUAAUAUGUUGUUAAACGCUCAAUAAAACAUAUUUAGAGCCUAUAUAAAAAAAUCAUUGGCAUUGGAAAGUCUAAAAAGUAGAUAGGAAGUGCUUGGAAUUAAUUCCAUUUGUAAAGUGGUUAAGUGUACAGUAACUUGCAAUUUGACAAUGUCAUCCAAUGUUUACUAUUAGAUUAAUGACUGGUCUGCUCAGGUCAUGCAUAAAUACUAAAGUAUGGGAUUAUAUUUGGUAGGUAGAAAUGGUGAAAUAUUUGCUAAGACAGAAGUUCAUCUGUAUAUUACUGCUAUAUUUGCCGAUACACAACUGUUACAAUAAGUGAUGUAAUAUAUGUAGCAUUAAAUACAAAAAAGUCAUACAGAAAAGAAUGUACAGGAAAAUAGAUUUUAUUGAGUAAACUUAUAACAUUUCAUUUUUACUGUAGCAAUAUAUUUGUAGGAACAAUAUGUAAGGGCUUUAAAUACAAGAUGUCCAUUUUGCAGGUAUUGUGCUCCCUUAAAAACAAUUCUAGUCAGUAUCACUAUUGCUGAUUGUUAGAAAUAAAAUUUCAGAUAAAUCUUUUUCAAAGAGACGGGAAUAAUGGUGAGUGUUGGCAAGGAUCAAUUAAAAAACCACAACACACUGUACUGAGUCAAUUUUGAAGAAAUGCUACAUAAGUCUCUAGAGAAACAGCUAAUCAAAAUUAAAUUUCACAGUCACAUUUCAGGCAACGUUUUAUAAGCCUCAACAAGUCAGAAGGUUGACGCUCUCUAUCUACAAAAGGAAGUAGUUAAUGUUUUAUAUGUUCUAUUUAGUUGUUUUUUCUUUUUUUUUUUUCUUUUUUUUUUUAAUAAUGCUUCAUUGUCUAACAUCUAGUCGUGUCUAAACUUGAUAAGUUAUCUGAUUGGAGCUUAUUUAAGGGGGAUGUUUUCAUCUUCUGACAUCAUGUGUAGAUAUAUGUAUAGAAAAAAAUAAACUAUGGCUCUUUAACUUCA